CCAAUCUUGUCUUAGUUUCUUUGUCUUUUAUCUUUCUGGAUUAGUCACCUUCAAUGGAACAAGAGCACCACCAAUGCAUAGUGAAUGAUCAUGAACUAGUAGAAGGACAAGAACAAGAAAUGGAAGAUGGUGCUUUGAAAACAAGGCAAUCUCUUUCACAUGGCACGGAAAAUCUCACUGAUGGUGUUGUAUUAGCAUCCUCUUCUUCUUCCUCUUCUCUUACUAGCAAUGGCAGUGAGCAUAGUAAUGGAGUUUGCACAGCGGUCAGAGACCUAGAUGGAUCUCCUGUUAUGCAGGAGGAAGUAUUUGAAGACAUAGGACGUGUUUGUGAAAAUAACAACCAUGUUAAUGAUGAUAUGGUAGAUAAUGAAGCUGUUCGCCUUGGCCUAGCGGCUGAAGUUGCAGGAGCAGCAACAAAUGGAGAUGCCAUAAGUGGUGCUGCUGUGUCACAUAAUAAGAACAGUGUUUACCUUGAUAAGCAACAAGAUGAUGAAGUUAAUGGACUUAAUGGAGUUCAAAAUGGUGAUGCAUCUGGGUAUGUCUAUCCAACAAAUCUGGGGGAGAAAGAGUUUGAUGUACAAGUACAUCAGUCAGUUAUUCAAAAUAGUCUAUGCAGAGAAAUCACCAAUGAAUGUAUGAAAACUAUGGAUGACAAGAUCAGUUCAGAAUUAUCCCAUUUACAUAAUGCAUCUGGCAUACAAGCUACAGCAGUUAUGAAUUUUGGUGAAGAAACUUGUGCCAAGGAAGGUCCCAACUUGACAAAAGAGAUUGACCAACAACUGCAAGAAUUUGAUGUUGAGGCAGUAUUGGCAAAACAAGAGACUCAUGACUUGUUUUGUCCUAAUUGCAAUUCUUGCAUUACUAAAAGGGUUAUUCUUAAGAAAAGAAAAAGGAGGAUUCAUAAUGUAGACAACAAAGCCAAGCGUGAUAAGUUGGAGACUAUAGUUAGCUCAGAGCUGGUUGAUGGGUCUGCUCAACCUGAAGCCAGCCAAGGUGAUCGCACAGAUGUAACCUCUGAUAUUGUUACUGUAGAGCCACCUGCUGAUGAUAAUUAUCAUCCUGAUAGAGAUCCAGAAGUAUUCAGGUGUUUAUCAUGCUUCAGCUUCUUUAUACCUAGUGGAAAUUGUUUCAAUCUGUUCCGUGGUGCCAGCAAGAACGAAGGUACACAAAAUCCUUCAAAUAUACCUUCAAGCAAUUUGCAAGAUCCUUCAAAUCUACCAGGCUCCAAUGCAAAUUGGCUCAAAUCUCAACUAAUUACUUGGACUAAGGGGAAAAAAGCUAGUGAUGCGUCCCUUGAACAUUCUAGAACUGAUCCUGCUGAGCAGCAUCCCUCAACAUCAAUUAGUUCAAAUGUGCCAACCUCCUCUGAAAUUGGUCAUCCAGAAGGUCUUCUUACCAAUACAUCUAUAAUUAAAAAUGUAAAACCAACGCCAGAUAUUAAUAAUGGACAUGGAGAGAUGAAUUCUCUGAUUUCAUCAACAAAUGGUUUAUCUACUAUACAAUCUUAUACAAAAAGUGCUGGUGAUGCAAUGAAUGGAAUGCCAAUAAUUGGGCAGGAUUUCACAGAUAAAGCAAAGGAACAAUUACUGGCUGGAAACCUGAUGACCAAUGAGGGAGAGGAAAAGAGAGCUUCAGUAGAUAUAAUAAAGACAAAUAUUGAUGUUAUGUCCUCAGUGAGCUUUUCUGAUGAGAAGGUAUCCAAGCAUGAGAUUGUUCAAAUAGCAGCUGCUGCUACAACUGAAACACUUGUUAGUUUUGGAGAAAUUGCUAAAGAUGCCAUUCUGAAUCCUAAUGCUGGGGGACCUGAAUUACUUGGUUCUACAGCUGUAGGCAAGAUACCAGAAGCUGUUAAGAAUACUUAUUCCUCUUUGGGACAAGGAGCACAAUCAACAAUUCAAUCAUUUGGCAGUGCAAUAAUAGCAAGUGAUGUAGCUACUAUUAAACAAAAUGCUGGAAUGGAUGCUAUCUUGCCAUCAAAACUAGAUUUUAAAGUAAUUGAAAAACUGCAAAAGGAUAGUGACAAGGAAAUAAAUCCUUCUACCAGAAAAGAAAAUGAAGGUGGUGAUGUGAUAGUUGAUGUGGAGAAAGAACCAUUUGAAUCCACAUCUCAGACAGCAGAUAAUAUUCCAGUUGAAGGUGUGACAGAAUCACAUACUCAAGCACAAAUUGUUGAAGAACCUAGAGAUGAAGCUGGUGAACCCCAAGGGUGGGAAGUACUUAAAAGUAUUGUAUAUGGUGGUUUAACUGAGUCGAUCACAAGCCUAGGAAUUGUGUCAUCUGCAAUUAGUUCUGGUGCUACCCCAUUGAAUAUUAUAGCAUUGGGAUUUGCAAAUAUAAUUGGUGGACUUUUCAUCCUUGGUCAUAAUCUCAUUGACUUGAAAAAUGAUCACUCUGAAGGGGAUCAAAUGCAAAUGAUUGUGCAAAAUCGGUAUCAAGAAUUACUAGGACGAAGAGCAAACUUCUUGCUUCAUGCCGUUGUAGCUGUCUUGUCAUUCCUAAUAUUUGGUUCUGUGCCCCUUGUUAUCUACGGCCUCCUGAUUAACAAGAAUUACUAUGCUGAAGUUAAGCUUGCAGUGGUAGCAGCCACUUCGGUUGUAUGCAUCAUUCUACUUGCUAUUGGCAAAGUUUACACCACAAGACCACCUAAAUCCUAUAUCAAAACUGUAUCAUACUUUGUUACAUUGGCACUUGCAGCCUCAGGAGUCUCUUACAUAGGAGGCAACCUAAUCAAGGAUCUCCUAGAGAAACUCAACCACUCAGAGUCAGGUUUAACUAUUACCAUGCCCAUAUCAGACGCAAGAGCAUGGAUGUCUUACUAAAGUAGUACGGGUAGGAUUUUACGCAAGUAUGGAAUCAGCAUGGAUAUCUAGGAACUUUUGGAGUUAAGAGUUUUUUCUUAUGCAGAUCUAGUCCUUAGAGGAACCUAGUUAGAAUAAAUAUAGUUGUGCCAAGACAUGAAAGUUCAA